ACAGCUGUUCGCAUUUAUUAUCUGCAUAAUGUGCAUUAUAACUAGGCUGCUCUUCUCAAACUAAAAUAACGACUUGAAAUAAUAACGUUUUUUUUGGCCAAGACACUUUUCAACACGACUGACGGUUUUUUUAAGCGAUACUCUUGCGCCCCCACCGGUCAGAGUCAUGGAUUGUGCUCAUUACCGCUGGCGUGUGUAGCUGAUUACACUUUUUUAAAGCUUCAGGUGGAAAUGGCAGUCGCUCGUGCAGCCAGUGUUUUCUCCAAGUUUGCAGCUGGCAAAUAUCCUUUAUUGUCAGGUCAUGCCAGACGAGUCUUCUCUGCGUCCUCACCAUUGGCAGCUUAUAAAUACAUCAGCUUCAACUACAAGGAUGAUGUGGCUGUUAUACGAUUCAGCCAUCCAACAUCAAAGGUGAACAGACUGUCUCUGCAGUUGUGCGAUGAGUUGACUGAGGUGUUGGGGGACAUCUGGACGUACAGAUCUGCAAAAAGUGCUGUCCUCAUUUCCAGCAAGCCUGGUUGUUUCAUUGUUGGAGAAGAUUUCAAUAUACUCCAGGAGGAGGUCACCAGUUUCUGUGAGGACGCUCAGAAGUUGCUUAGGAGGAUUGAGCAGUCUCAUGUACCCAUUGUCGCUGCCAUCCAUGGGUCAUGCCUGAGUGGAGGCCUUGAGCUCGCAAUAGCCUGCCACUACAGAAUUGCCACAACAAGUAAAGAAACGGUCCUGGGGACUCCGGAGGUCAUGCUGGGACUGCUGCCCGGAGCAGGUGGCACUCAGAGACUCCCUAAAAUGGUGGGUCUCCCUGGUGCUCUUGACAUGCUGCUGUCAGGCAAAAACAUCACAGCUGAUAAAGCCAGGAAGAUGGGUCUAGUGGACCAGCUUGUGGACCCUCUGGGUCCUGGUCUGAAGACCCCACAGGAGCAGACUAUAGAAUACCUUGAGGAAGUUGCAGUGGGUGUUGCCAAAGAUUUGGCCAACAAAAAGAUUCCCGUUAUUAGGGAAAAAAGCUUUAGGCUGAAGCUGUGGGACACAGUGAUGGGCUUGGGUCCAGUCAGGAAGAUGCUCUACAACACUGCCACUAAAAGAGUCCAGAAACAAAGUAAAAACUUCUAUCCUGCUCCUUUCAAGAUUAUUGAGUGUGUCAAAACUGGCAUAGAGCAGGGCAGCGAUGCAGGAUAUCAGGCUGAAGCUCAGAGCUUUGGGAAACUGGUGAUGACUUCUGAGUCCAAAGCUCUGAUUGGACUUUACAAUGGUCAUCGUUUAUGUAAGAAGAACCGAUUUGGGUCCCCAGAGAAGGAAGUAAAAAAGCUGGCCAUUCUGGGUGCAGGGCUAAUGGGACCAGGUAUAGCACAGGUAUCGGUAGAUAAAGGCCUCACCACCAUCCUAAAGGACACCACGGAGGAUGGCAUCAGCAGAGGACAUGAAAAUGUUUAUAAAAGUUUCAACACCAAGGUGAAGGAGAAAGCCAUGACAUCUUUUGAGCGUGAUGCCAUUAUGUCUAAUCUUUCGAUCCAGACUGACUACUCUGGUUUUGAGUCUGCUGACAUGGUUAUAGAGGCUGUGUUUGAGGACCUUAACAUUAAACGUCAAGUCCUCAAGGAGGUGGAGGCUGUUAUCCCACCACACUGCAUAUUUGCCACCAACACUUCAGCUCUGUCCAUCAGAGACAUCGCUGCUGCCAGCAAACGCCCUGAAAAAGUGAUUGGCAUGCACUAUUUCUCCCCAGUGGACAAGAUGCAGUUGCUGGAGAUUAUUACCACAGAUAAGACCUCUAAAGACACACUGGCUUCUGCUGUCAAUGUGGCCCUGAAACAGGGAAAGACUGUCAUCACUGUCAAGGAUGGCCCGGGGUUUUACACCACACGCUGCAUGGGCUGCUUGUUUGUGGAGUCUCUAAGACUUCUUCAGGAAGGUGUUGCGGUAACAAAAAUCGAUUCCCUGGCGAGAAGCUUUGGUUUUCAUGUCGGACCUUUUAUGCUCACUGAUCAAGUUGGCAUUGACAUAGGGUUACAUAUUUCAGAGAUGCUGUGCAAAGUCUUUGGUUCCCGUUAUGAAGGAGGAAACCUGGAGAUUGUCAAGACCAUGGUGGAGAAAGGCCUCAAAGGCCGUAAAUCUGGAAAAGGAUUCUUUGUCUAUGGAAAAAUGAAUGUGAAUCCUGAAGUUGAAGAAAUCCUCAAGAAAUACCGAGUGACUGCUCCGUCUUCAGUCUCAUCAGAGUAUGACAUGCAGUACCGGCUGAUGUCUCGCUGCAUAAACGAGUCAGUAAUGUGUCUCCAGGAGGGAAUAAUAGCAACCCCUCUAGAAGGAGACAUCGGAGCAGUGUUCGGAUAUGGCUUUCCUCCCGUACAUGGUGGUCCGUUCAGAUUUGUGGACACAUUUGGCGCAGAGCGUCUUGUGAGCCUCAUGAAGCGUUUUGAGGAUGUUUAUGGAAACCAGUUUACACCCUGCCAGCUUCUACUAGACCACGUCAAAGACCCCAGCAAACGGUUUUACCAAUCCUCCCCCUCCCUGCACCUAUAAUACCUUCUUGGUGUUUUGAGAGUGGGACUAGGAGCCCUCUCAUUUCAUGUUUGAACUGUUUUGGCAGCAAACAGGCCAGUUUGUCUGUUCUAAGUUCUCUGUAAGAAAUUUUCAAAUAAGUGAAGUUUAAGGGAUUGCAUUGAUUGAUUUCUAAUGUAAAUCAAAACUAAAAUAAAACAUU